CAGAUCAGAAUCAUUCUUCAUUUUCCUAUUUAAUAAGCUUAGCUUACAGAUGAUCAUCACACAGCAUAUUCAUUGAAAACUGAGAGAUCGGUGAAGUAGUGAUCACUAUCUAAAACUAGUUACUAUAUUUGUUGUAAAACAAGAAGUAAUUUGUAUAGGGUGUGAUGGCAGCAGAUUGGGGCCCAGUGGUGAUAUCAGUGGUGCUGUUUGUGCUAUUAAGCCCAGGGUUACUGUUUCAGCUUCCAGCUAAGGGCAAGGUGGUGGCAUUUGGGAGCAUGCAAACUAGUGGCUUAUCCAUCUUAGUCCACACCAUCAUCUUCUUUGGACUCAUCACCAUCUUUCUACUUGCCAUUGGUGUGCAUAUUUACUCUGGAUAAUCAGUACCCCUAACAAUGUACCACUAUAUGUUGUUUUAUUCUCUAUGAUUGGUGUUUUUCUUUUUGUUCCUUUUCUAUUCUGGUUUAAAUUGUUUUGUUGUGAUGUAACUUUUAAGAUGUGAUCAAGGAUGGAUGACUUGAUUAAUUUCUUCUUUCAUUUCUCUUUCUCAUGGAAUAUUGAUCUAUGUGUUGUGCUUCUCUUUGCUCAUUUAUGUAGAAGAAUAUGCGAAUCUUCAAAGUUUUAGAGGCAAGGGUAAAAUUGGAAAACUUUUUUUUUACACCCCAAACAACAUCUUAUAAUUAUAUGUGAAAGAGUGCUAGGAACACACUCUUAACGUGCAUGAUCGUAUGUUUGUGUAGGAGAGAUAGGAUGUAAUGUAAGAUGUUGCGGUAUGAAAAAAAAUUAAAGAGUUAGGUGCAAUAUUGGAUUAGAUUUAGGAUGGAAAUUUAGCCGAGGCAGGAUCAAUUGCUUGACCUAAAUUAGCUGUUGUAAGAGUUUUUGGAUGAUGUCCGGUUCCAUAUCUCUUGGUAUUAGCUAGUUGCGUCUUGCAUGUGUUUUCUUUUUGCUGUCUGGAAUUGGAUUAUGAAAGUUAGGCAUUUAGAGUUUUACUUGUAAGGGAAUGCUAAAGUUUUUAAGCUAACAGAUUCCUAUAAACGAAGUAUAAAACGGUUAACAAAUAGUUAGGUUAAUUAAACAUGUUGAUUAGAGUUUGAAUUUUAAUCACGGAUUUGAAAAAAAAAUUGAGAGGAAAAAUCUACUUCAAUUAUCUUUUCUUUUAUAUCACACACCUAAAAGAUAAUCUCCAAUCCCACCCUUGAGUAAAAGAAUGGAGACGAUAUCAUUUUGUGUUGUUUGAGGGGGAAGUCAACUAGUCCCUAGCUAUAGGCAAAUUUUGGGAAGAAAGGGUAUUGAAGGAACGAUAUUGGUGAGACGAUACCAUUUUCUGUUGUUUGAUUUGAUGGACACAAAGAAGGAAAUAAAUGAUUAGAACCGUGUGGGUCUUACAUAACUUUCUAUGCUACGAUGAAAGGGACAACAAAAAAAAAUGCAAUUUUAUCUGUAAGACACAUGAACUUUUACCUCAUUUCUCUUCGUCCCAUCAUGUGUAAAACCAUAUAUAUUUUUCAUUUUUCUCCAAUUUUGCUUUUCAAUUCAAUCAAACAAAGAAAAUAUUCUUCCUCUUAUUUUCUUUUCAUUCUCUUUAUUUAAACAAUGUAAAUUUCUUUUCAUGGUAUCUUGAUUAUUGUUCUUCCUAUUCCUUCUGUCCUUCACUUUCUUUUCUCAUCCAGCGUGUAAGGUCAUAUUUAAGAAUUAUAAUAUCUGGCAACAGGGACAAUACAUUCAAGUACUGAAUUUGAAGAUUUUUUCCCACCUUGAAAAUAUUUUUAUUUGAAGCAAUUCUAUAUUUCAAAUUUUACAAAAGUUAUAGUAGUAAAGAUAAAUAAAAUAAUUGACAUCAAAAGGCAGUAGCUGGGAACAAGUCCUGAAUUCUUGGUGCUAGCUAAUUGUAAUAAAAAGUGAAGCCAUAUCCAUGACUCCGGCUUCUAGUGAGAGAAGUUCAUGAGCAAGCAAGCACAAAACAACUCUUGGGAGGCUCCGGCAGGAUCGGCGGUGACCGGAGCAGUUUGAAGACCAGAGCCGAGAGCUAGCAGAAAACCCUAGAUUGCUCUCAGAGGAAGAAGAAAGAGAUGUAGCAAUAAUAAUAGGUAGAAUUUAUUUGAAAAUUGGUAUUUAUAGUAAA